AUGGCCAUGUUCGACCAAUUCCCUGCCAACACGACAAUCCGCGCCUCAGAUGCGACACGCCCAAUCAUCCUGGGUGUAGCUCUAUUCGUUGCCCUAUUCACAGUUGUGGGGAUAUACUUAUACAUCUACCUCAAGUGGCGGAGAGCAAAAUUGAAUGCCGCCACCAAUACCGAAUCAGCUAUCGAAAGCGUCUUUCGGCAACCGCAGUAUUCAAGUUCACCUACGGAGGCGCCACCACCGUACACAGCAGAGUCUACACCGCCAAAGUAUGAGAUCGAUCCAUCAAGGCAACCAGAGGUUGCCCAGCGUGGCCACCAACCAGAGAUAAUCCUUGAGGUAGAGGCUCUUGAAGAGAGAAACGGCCGACGAACUCGCGAUGACGAAGGGCUUGGCCUUGUGGCAAUGUAUUGGCCGUAUCCUGUUUGAUAGAAAUCACAUCCACUUUCUACACCACG